GCACUAUCGAGGAAGAACCGAGGAAGACUUCCCUUAGUUUUUGACCAAUCCUGUUCUUCCUACUGUUAUCAAAUUUUACAACCGGCUUCUGUCCUCCCCACUUGUUCUACAGCCACUUCUGUAUUUUGGACUUUAGUUUCAGUCACAUUGUUUGAACUAGAUAGAGGAGGAGAGACUGGCCAGAGACCCUUGACACAACAGCACAAAGCCGAUCACUUUAACAAAAUGAGUAACAGUUCUCUUCUUGUGAAUGUGGUUAACUGGAUUGCACAGAACCAGAAUGCUUUUCUGCCGCCAGUGUGCAACAAGCUCAUCUGAAUCUCAUGUUUGUUGGAGGUCCAAACAGCAGGAAGGAUUGUCACAUAGAAGACGGAGAGGAGUUGUUCUACCAGCUGAAGGGAGACAUGUGUCUGAAAGUGAUUGAAAACGGCAAACACAAGGAUGUGCACAUCAGAGAGGGAGAGAUGUUCCUGCUGCCGGCUCGGAUACCCCACUCCCCACAGAGACAGGCCAACACUGUGGGGCUGGUGGUGGAGAGGAGACGUCUGCUGACUGAGAUUGACUGCUUGAGGUACCAUGUGGAAAACACCACUGACAUCCUGUUUGAGAAAUGGUUUUACUGUCAGAAUCUUGGAACCCAACUUGUGCCAAUAAUCAAAGAAUUAUUUUCAUCAGAGCAGUGCAGAACAGGAAAACCUGAUCCAGAUGAAGUCUUCAGGCAGCCUCCCUUCCAGAUGAACACUAAAGGGUUUGAGGGUUUCAUCGUAAAUAUAGAAAGAUUUAAGAACUUGAAGGGAACUAGGAGAGUGCAUACCUGCACCAAGGCUAACACCCUGUCUCACCAUGUGAUGGUGUUUGGACCUGGCCUGACAGAGAUAACAGUACCUCAGAGUGACGUGUGGAUUUGGCAGAUGGAAGGAUCCUCUAAAGUGACCAUGAAUGAGCAGGAGGCAACUCUUACUGAAGGAGACUGUUUCAUUAUUCCUGAACAGAGCCAGUACCAGUGGCAGAGAGAGGACAGGACUGUUGACCUGUUGGUGGUUCAAAACCCUGAGCGGAAAAGACCAUGACCUGCCAAUUCACAAACACCCAUUAAAUACACAUAAGACUUCUUAGGAGGGGAGCAAAACCCUUAUUCAUUAUAAAUACAUGUGAUUGGACAGGAACAACUAGAUCUUGAGUGUAAGUGCAGUAAUGAAAAGUAUAUUGUUUAACUUCAUGUUCAACCAUGGAAAUUGUCAUGGAAAUUAUUGAAUCUAACUGUCCUCUUAUAAAAUAUAACAGGCCCUUCUGUCCUGACAUAGCCUUGCUCAAAGUUCAGUUGGCUGACCUGAAAAACAUAAUUUUAUAAAUUCCACUUAAUGUGUGCAUCUGCCUGAUAUCAGGAAAUGUUAGUUAGUUUGAAUCUAAACGUCCUUGUGACUAUUUGAUGUUCGGUGUCUAUACACACAGGAGAGAGGGGGGCAUUUUGCCCAUCCUCUGAGCAAUGUCUGAGCACUGGACACGUACUGCCUGCAUGAUAUCGAAGGAUGACGUGGAACCCCUUGAGCUGUGCAUAAAAGCUGGCAUAUCCCACCCGCCAUUUGUCAGAUCCAUGAUACCUGCAGUGGUGAUGAGCAUUCUGCCCCGUUUGGCCAAGUGUUUGCUUAGUAACUCUGUUUGUGUUCAAAUCCAGAUACAGAUCCUCUCUCACUGAUGACCACCUGUCAGCUGUCAUUCGCAUAUCCACCUCAGGUAUUCAACCUGACCUCAGUGCACUUGUCUAUGCCCAGCAGACUAGAUUUCUCUCACUGAACAAGAAAAAUAAACAGAAAACCAGCAAAUGGGUUGAUUCGACUAUAUGCAAAUAAUAAUAGCACUUUCUAUGUUAAUUUAUAAAGCUGAUCUUUGAAAUA